AAAUUUUACCUUACCUUGGAAAAAUGCUGAGGAGGGUUUUAAUUUGAGUUUCCAUUUCUCUGUGGCCGUGACCGUCGCCGUCAUUUGCACCCCCGGUCUGAUUAUAUAUAACACAGGAGGAGGCUGUUUGUUGUUGCCAUGUUUCUCACGCGGUUUUUCGGGAGGAGAUUCUUGGCUGUGGCUGCAUCGACGAGAUCGGAGUCAACUACUGCAACAGCAGCAGCAGCUGCCUCGACUGCUAGGAUUGCCAAGAACCCUCUCGAAGAGUUCUUCGAGUUCGAUAGAAGCCAGGACGAAGACAAACCUGUUGUCUACGGUCGAGGAUGGAAAGCGUCGGAACUGAGGCUCAAAUCAUGGGAUGAUCUACAGAAGCUGUGGUAUGUUCUUCUCAAAGAGAAGAACAUGUUGAUGACUCAGCGUCAGAUGCUUCAAGCUCAGAACAUGAUGUUUCCUAACCCUGAACGCAUUCCUAAGGUGAGGAGAUCAAUGUGCCGCAUAAAACAUGUGCUGACAGAGAGAGCAAUUGAAGAACCGGAUCCCAGAAGAUCCGCCGAGAUGAAGAGAAUGGUCAAUGCUAUGUGAUCCCCUGUGCUUCUCUUAUCAACCAAGCAGUUAACUUGAGUCAAUUCGCAUUUGCGAUUAUGAAGUGACAAAAUAAGCAUUCUCAAGAAGCUGAAGAAGACGUUAUGGUCUCUAAUUAAUGGUUUGUGUGUCUCUUAUUAGAUAAUGUUGGUCAGUAGCUAUAUGCACUGUUUCUGUAAAACCAUGUUGGUGUUUUGUCAGUUAAUUCAGAGCUUUUUGUCUUCGAACACACUCUAGAGAGCAAAUAAAAUUUUAUUUAGCUGUCUUAAGCAGAUGAA